AUGAUUGACAAUAAGAACGACAAAAACAAUUCUACUCCUGUUAUUGCUGCUAGUAACGGGAAACACAUUUCUACUUUUAUUUCUACCUCUAAUUCAUGUACAACAAAUGAAUCAGAAAAGACAGCGGCUGUAUCUCCAGUGCUGUCAAGUGUACAAAACAAUGAUGUGCUUAUUAGUAACACAGCAAAAGAGGUUAUAAGAGAAAAUGAAAAAAUUGAUGGAGAAGGGUUUGAAGAUUUCGACGAUGAUGAGGAAAAUGAAUAUGAAGACAAUCAUAGCAUUACAAGUUCUGCUUCUACAAACUCUUCUUCUUCAUUACCGUCUAUUAUAAUAGGAGACUAUUCCCAAAACUCUUCUACAGACAUAUCUAAAGGGAAGAAAAAAGCCAGCAUUAAUUACAAGAGUAAUAGUAAAAACAAACGCAAGAAUAAUAACGGCAACAAGACAAAUAACAACACUAGCUUUUAUAACCACAGUAACAAUAAACCAAAGAAAUAUAACACUACUAAUGAUUAUAACAAUAAGAUUUAUUUUAUGAAUAACAAUAACAGUUGUAAUAAUAAUAAUAAUAAUAAUAAUAAUAAUAAUAAUAAUAAUAAUAAUAAUAAUAAUAAUAAUAAUAAUACUAUAGCUCAUGGUGGCAUAAAUAGUAACACAAAUAUCUCCUCCAAAAACAUGUAUUAUUAUCGUUCUAAUAAUGGUUCUAAUAAUGGUUCUAAUAAUAACCAAUAUACACCAUACACUAUUGAUGACAUUGAUGGUGACACCAACUAUGAAAACCCUAGUACUUCAGUGAAGAGAAAGAAUGAGCAGAUACUAGAAGCUGAAAUAAAAAGGGUUGCAUUAGAUGAUUAUACACAUACCAGUUCUAUGGGUGCCGGUGCUAAUACCAGUAGUGCCAGAACAUCAAGUGUUUGCAGCGCUUCUACAAUAACUUCAGCAUCAACAUCAACGCCUGUAAAAGAUUAUGUUAUCUUAAGGGUAUUAUGUCAUGUAAAAGAAGCUGCUUUGAUUGUGGGAUCUCACGGAUCAACCAUUAAUAUUUUAAAACGUGAUACUAACACCAAAAUUAACGUUUCUGAUAAUAUUAAGGGGAUUCAGGAGAGAGUUGUUUAUAUACGAGGAAACUGCGAAAAUGUUGCCAAGUGUUUUGGUUUGUUGACAAGGAUUCUAAAUGCAGGAGGUGACACAAGUUCCAUACUUGGCAAAACAACAGGAGUUAAAAGUGACGAACAACAAAAGGAACAGGUGGGUGUGGAUCCAACUAUUUCAACUGCUGUUGAAAAUAAUAACAACAAUAACGAAGUUAAUUCCAAAUUAUGUACUUUGAACCUUUUGAUUUCACACCAAUUGAUGGGAUAUGUUAUUGGAAAACAAGGUACCAGAUUAAAACAAAUUGAAGAAUUAAGUGCUGCCAAAUUGAUUGCUAAUCCUAAUACGUUACCCCUAUCCAACGAUCGCCUUUUAACAGUGACUGGUGUCCCGGAUGCAAUCCAUAUUGCCACAUAUUAUAUAUCUGAGACAAUUUUCAAAUAUCAAGAGAAAAUUAAAGUGAAACACAUUUUAUAUACUCCUUUAAACGCAAAUAACGGUAAUAGCAAUGACUUUACUACUUCAACAAUUAAUUCCAAUAUACGUAGUAGUAGUGUGAUUUAUCUACCUCAAUAUGAACAGCAACAUAGUAAUAAUGUUAUGCACAAUGGCAAAACCAAACAACUGGGUUAUAAAAAUCAUCAAAGUGUUGAUGAUUUGAUGUUUUCACGUACCGUUUCAUCUAGUUCCUUGAUAGGAGGUAAAAAUCAUAGUUUUAUUCGCCACAAUCGCCACAAUCAUAGUAAUAGUAGUAGCAAUUCCAGCAUGAGCAGCAAUAGUAGUACUAGCAGCUAUAGUAAUGGAAGUUUAGUAACGGAUUAUUCAAAUAACAGUAUUAUUAACAACGGUAUUAACAACAAUACCAAUACUAAUAGUAACCAUCAUUAUAAUAGCAACAAUAGUUAUCAUUCAAUCGGAAUAAAUCCUGUCAAUAACACUAACCCAAACUCCUUUUCAAAAUAUGCAUUAAAUUAUACAUCUACUCCGAUAAGAACACAAAGUCAAAGUAGCAGCAAUAGUCAUUCUACUUUUACAUCUAGUAAUUCCGCCGCAAUUACUGCAACUACUAUUACUACAGCAAAUAAUAAUAAUAAUAAUAAUAGUAAAUUUGCCAAUUCUUAUAGAAAUAAUAAUAGUAGUAUUCAUGAAUUGGUUAACACUGCCACUAAAAACUAUAAUAACAAUAAUAGUAGCAAUAAUAACAAUACUACUACUACUGCUACCAAUAACAAUGAUAAUAAUAGAAACGAUACAUCUUCCAGAUUAAUUACUCCCGUCUCAACUGAUAAUAUUUACAUGAACAGUAAUAAUACAAGUAGUAUUAGCAGUAUUAUUUCACCAACUUCCUCUUCUUCUAAACACUACCAACACAAUUAUAAUAGCAACAACAACAACAACAACAACAGCAACAGCUACCAUUAUAAUUUUCAAACAAGCCAAGUAUAUAAUAACAACACUAGUAAUGGUUUAAAUGGUACUACUUCUAACAACAACCAUACUCACCAUCACAAAGCCAACAGUGGCUAUUAUCUUUCUUCUUCUAAUAAUCAUUAUUCACAAAAAUAUAACACUAGUAGUAAUUCUAACAACAGCACUAAUACAACCCAUAAUCAUGGGUCUAUAUUAUCUUUAUCCGACCAAUCGUCCACCAGUACUACCUCCUCUUCUCCAAUUUCUAUAUCCUCUACUUCAGCAGCAAUGCCACCGGCCCCAACAAGAUUAAAUUCGGCUGUGUCCACUGUUACUCCCACUAAUACCAAUAAUAGCAAUGCUGCUGCGACCAUAGCUGCCUCUGCUACUUUGUUAAAUCAGCAUGCCUCAGCAUCAACAUCAUCAUUGACAUCACUAAUAUCUCCACCUAACACCACUGCCUUACUGCCACCUACCUCUGCUCAAAUAGCAGCAGCAGCUGCGCUAAUGAAUCAAACUGCAUUGUUGUAUCAGCAACAACACCAGCCAUUUGGUGCAGCAACUGCUACUAAUUCAUCGGCAUCUACACUUAACGAUCCAAAUGAAGUUAUUCCACACAUUAAAUUAUCAUCUUUUACCACAACACCAAUGGGUAUAGUACACCAAAAUUGUUUUAUUAACAAUGACUAUGUAGGUAAUGUUAUUGGGAAGAAUGGGAAAAAUAUAAAAUACAUCAAAGAAUCUUCAGGUUCCGAGGUUAUCAUUGAUCAUGAGCCAGUUGAUGCGCAAAGGAAGUUUAUCAUUAUUGGAUCCCCUAUGAGUAAUCAAAUUGCCUUGGCCAUGAUCAAUAAUAAAAUAGAAUCCGAUAUUAGAAGGUCUGCAAAAGUGUAUGAUAACACCACAACUAUUACCACCACCACAACUGCCUCUGCAGAUACCACUGUUACAGAAAAUACUACGUAUACUACUAACACUUCCGGCACUGAACAUGAAGCUAUUAAUACAACAGCCAAUAUAGAUACCACUUGCUUAUCUAAAGAUGAACGAGUGACGGAUAUAUAA